AUGACAGAUAUCCCCAGCCCCACCUCCACACUGCCACCACCAAACGAAGAUGAAGACCCAGAGUUAUUGUACGAGCUGAAAGAGCAGCUUUUGCUGCUGACCACUCUGGUGGCGACGGUGACAUACGUCACCGGGCUCAACCUGCCCGGGGGAGCCUGGCAGACGCAGCAGGCGGACGGGCACCUCGCCGGCGACCCCAUCCUCCGGGACAUCCACUACCGCCGAUACCUCGCCUUCUACUACUGUAACGGCACGGCGCUUGCCUCGUCGGUCGUGGUCUGCCUCAUCCUCGUCAUGCUGCGGAGGAAGAGACCUGUCUGGACGCUGGUGCUGCGGGUGGUCAUGGUGCUCGACCUACUUGGCCUCAUGGGUUCCUACGCAGCCGGGACCUGCCAUGACACCUUCGCCACCAUCUGGGCCGUGGCGCUGGCUUUCCCCGUCUUGGCCUAUAUCACGUUUGCUUUUGUCACCAGCCACCGCAGCGGCGGCGACCCAAGUACCAACACCAGAACCACAGCCACAGGCCGGCACGAAGAGAAGGAGAAGAUCGAGGUGCUGAUGCUGCUGGCGACCUUCGCCGUCACCAUCUCAUACGCCGCCGGGCUGAACCCGCCAGGCGGCUUCUGGACCAGCACCCUGCAGAAGGAUGGCCGCCUUCUUCACCUCGCCGGCGACCCGAUAAUGGAAGAUAGCGCGCUCCGCAGGUACCGGGCCUUCUUCGUCUGCAACACGACGGCGUUCGUCGCCUCCUUGUUCAUCAUCCCGCUCCUCCUGGACAAGAAAUUGAGCAGCAAAAUCUCAGCGCGGUUUCUGGCGGUCUACGGCUUCAUCGCCGUGGCCCUCCUGGGCCUCAUGGGGGCCUAUGCUGCUGGAAGCUGCAGGAAAACUGACAGUGAUGAGGAAUUGGGGAUAAGAUGCUUAUCUUUAUGUCAAGAUGCCAGUGCACUUGAGGACCCAGACCUGAAAAACACUCGCUAUUUUGUUAUGGUACUUGCUAGCUUCGCGGUGAGCAUCACUUACCAAGCAGGACUGGAUCCACCAGGCGGCCUAUGGCAAGACAAACUGGAUGGCCAUAAGAUUGGCCAGCCAGUGCUACGAACGACACACCCUACUCGUUACCAGGUGUUCUUCUACAGCAACUCAGCAGCUUUUGUGACAUCUCUGGUGGUUGUCAUGAUGGUCCAGAGCAAGUUUCUUCUCAAGCGCCGCACGUUGGUGGCAGCCAUGGUGCUGGACCUGCUCGGCCUCGUCAUCGCCUAUGCUGCUGGGUGCACCAGGGAUACCAGCACAUCCAUCUAUGUUGUCGCGGUGGCUUGCCUUGUCCUCUCCUACGCCGUCGUCCAUAUCUCGUUAGGAGGAGAGAGGGAGAACAUGGUUACUAGACCUGUUCAUGAUCCUGAUCCUGCAAUGGUUGCUCCUGAUCCUGCAAUGGUUGCUCCUGCUCCUGCUACUCCUGCUCCUGCUCCUGCUCUUCAUGUAGGAGGAGGAGGAGGAGGACCACGUCGACCACAGCGAACACCACGAAGCAAGGAGCAGCUAGAUGACAAGCGCCAGGUGUUGUUGUUAAUCGCCAUCUUAGCGGCGGCACUUACCUACCAAGCCGGGCUCACCCCGUCGGGUGGCUUCUGGCAAGUGGACGAUGAGAAGCUUGGACACCGCGCGGGCUACCCGGUCCUCCUCGACAACUACCCGCGUCGCUACAAGGCCUUCUUCUACUGCAACACGGCGAGCUUCAUGUCGUCGGUGGCUCUCAUCCUCCUCCUCGUCAACCGCAAGCUGUACAGGCCGGGAAUACGGUGCUACGCGCUCCACGUGUGCAUGGCGGUGGGCAUGUUCGCGCUCAUGGGAGCCUACGCUGCCGGGAGCUCACGACAUCUCAAGACCUCCAUCUAUGUGUUGACGCUGGUGGCGGUGGUGUCGGCCUCCAUACCCCUGCAGGUAGCCAUCUUCUGGUACUUCGGCAACUGCAUGGACAACCGUCAGGAUCCACCUAGAAUAAGACGACGACGAGCACGUGGACAAGAUGACCCUGAUAAAGAGAAAGACGAGGAACUUGAGUACCUGAUGCUGCUAGCAGUCCUGGCUGCGAGUGUGACGUACCAGAACGGCCUGAGGCCAGCGGGCGGCAUGUGGCAGGAGGACAACGCCGCCUACUCCGCGGGCAACCCCAUCCUACGCGACAUCAACAAGCGUCGGUACGAUAUCUUCCUGUACAGCAACUCCACCUCGUUCAUGGCUUCCGUCGUCGCCAUCGUCAUGCUGCUGCCAUUGACGCUGAGCGACGACGUCAGAUGGCUACAACGUUGCUUGCCAUUCCACAGGGUGGACCUCAAGUGGUCGCUCUGGCCGGUCCACACUGCCAUUUUGCUGGACAUGCUCGGCCUACUUGUGGCCUACGCGGCAGGAAGUACCAAGAAGUGGGAGUCAUCCAGAAAUGUGAUAUUACUCGUCCUCCCCGUCCUAGCCUACAUUGCGCUCUACGCAAUGGCGGCGGCGAUAUACAUAUACAUCCGCCGUGGAUCCUCCCAGUCACAGUCACCGAGCAGGCAAGCAGGCCAACAAGCAACCAGCGUCGAGUCUUCGUCUUAGAUAUCUUAUGUA